GGUACAAUACCACCACGCCGCGACCACAACUCCCACGGAAAUAUCGCACCCUUGAACUUGAUGGGGCGCCGACGCGGCCACCCCUCUCCUCGUCCGCCGGCGGCGAUUGCCGGCAGUGAUCCACCCGGUGGUCCUUCGAUCCCAGAACCUACGUCCGGAGUAAAAGGUUCGACCUCGAGGAAGCGACAACGCAGCGGACGAAAGAGAUCUCCCUCUCCCUCGAAGAUUUUUUCAACUCCGGCGGAGUCAAUUCCCAGUAUAGGUUCCAGCUUCGGCAACUAUGCAGCAUAUGCAGCAGAGAUCUUGGUACUGUUUGAGACGCCCUCUGGCUUCGCAGUUUUCUCGAUGAAGGAAUACUACCUCAACCAACAAGACGCUAUGAAGAAUAUCUGGGCAAUCUUUGGCGAGGAUUUUAGGUCACGAGGGAUCGCUCGGCUGAAAGAGUUCCAAAUGUUCAAUGACAAGUCCAGUGCCAUUAAUCAUGUUACCGGUGUCAGUAGAGAGCUUAGUGAGAUGAUCUCGCGCUAUCACCACCCUUAUCAGACACUGGCCGUUGGAAAAUCUGAAUAUAAAGGAAUCAUUGAAAAAAGCUUGCCGGGUGUACCUUGCCGCUUCGAUGAAGCUGUGCUGGAGGUGAUGUGGGGUCUGAAGAAUCUCAUGGAUAGUUUGGUUCCUGAAGAAGAACUGAAGCUGACGCAGGAGGACCGCUUGCCAAUGAGCCAAGGACUAAAAAUGUUCCUUGAUCGUCAUGGCUUUGAUGUCAAACCAGAGAUGGUUAAGGGGGAUGUUGUUGUGACAGCAUGCCUCUUGUAUGAUGCUGAAGUGAUUGAGAACAGAUAUGGUGAACAACUGCAUUGGGCUGCUGGCAAGCUGAAGGAUGUUUCUGGCAUUGACUCGGCAGGCUGGAAAAUGAUGAAGAUUGCUUCGGCCCUGAAGAUCAUGUUUGACCCCCUAGAAAUAACAGACCAUGACAUGCAGAAGUUCACCCCGGGAGAGGUAAAAAGGCUUAAGAGGGAUGCCCGUAAAUUUGAAGACAUUAUUAAUGAGGACGAGAGCCUGAAGAUCUACAGGGAACUUGUGGUGCUGCAUGCAGUUAAGAUAGAUGCCCUUAGAAAUAUUGGGCUACAUCUGAGGAGAAGCUGAUGAUACUAUGUAUCCCCUUAACUAUUAUGAAGGGAGAAGUGGUUUGGGAAUUUGUUCCUUGGUGGUGAGGCUGCCAUACCCCGGACCAAAGUGUUGUGUACUUGUGUUUUAGUAAUGGACUCGAAAUUCACUAGUAA